AUGCGCGCCACCUCGUCCCCGCUCCUCUCCCUCCUCCCCCUCCUCGCCACCCUCUCCCUCGCCCCCACCGAGGCCAACGCCUUUGUCAACCUCAACCUCGCCGUCCACGCCAAGCUCCCUGCGGCCCUCGCGCUCUUUUCGUUCCGCGCAACCAGCUCGACAUGCGACGAUAUCUGUAACACUUGGUGGAACGAGACGGUGGCCUGCGAGGGUGACCAGGCGUCGAGCGAGUGUGUCACCUCGUACUGCUCGUCCACCUCUGUCAAGGACCGCGAGUCGUGCACCAACUGCGAGCUCGAGAACGGCCUCGUGUCCGAGUCGGAGGCCACCGGCGGUCUCACCGGCAUGGUGUCGUUCUGCUCCAGCAUGGGCCAGCCGUUGGCCUCGACGCCCAAUGUUGCCGCCUCGACUGUGGCACCUUCUACCGCUACAACCGACUCGACGCCGACCACGACCGUGGUCAACCAGGCAGCGACGACGCCCGUUUCGGCCGGCAGCACUGACGAGUCAUCGGCGUCCACUGGCCCCGACUCGACCACCGAGACCAAGACCACCAAGACGACGACCCAAAGCGACGAGACCGUGGCCACGCCGGUCGCUGGCACCGAGGCCGCAGCGGGCACGGCUGGCACGACCCAGACCACGGCGCCCCAGUCAACGGACAAGGUUUCGGGGAACAACACCGUCGCCGCCGCCGCCUCGCCAACGUCCGUGACACCAAAGGGCUCGUCGACACCCAGUGGUGUUAGCAACGGUACCGCCAGUGCCGAGAGUGCCAACACGGCCGCCAAGUCGUCUGGUGCGCGUGUGGCCGCCGUCCCCAUCGCCGCUGCUGUGCUUGCGAUCGCCGCGUUUGUCUUUUAA